AUGUGGAAGAAGAAGCUCUACGCUUCAACACCACUCUCAACAAUUCUAUUAAGCACAAGAAUAUUAGCGAAAAUCCAUUCUCCAAAACAUGCUCCGUUAUUGAAUCCACUAUUACAAAUUUCUGCUUCGUGUUCUCCUUCUCCUCCUCCAUUUGUUCGCGAAAUUGAAGUCCAAUUUUUUCCUACUUCCGGAGGGAUAUUUUUCGGAGGCCCAAGGUUUCAUAAGGAAAAUUUUAAUUUAUUUGUGAAAAAGAAGAACUGUUUCUGCUCGGUGUCGCAAUCCGCUGAAAAACUCGAGUGCUGGAAUUGCGAUGCCAUUGCUGAUAGUCCGAUGCCGUUUCUGGUAUGUCAAGCCUGUCGCAGCGUCCAACCCGUUGAUCACUCGAUUGAUUAUUUUCAAAUUCUUGGAGUGGAAAGGAAAUACAACAUUGAAGUGGAUAAAUUAGAAGGGAAGUACAAAGACUGGCAAAAGAAGCUGCAUCCUGAUCUAGUUCAUUCUAAAUCCCAGAGAGAAAGAGAGUAUGCAGCUGAACAAUCUGCUCGGGUGAUUGAUGCAUAUCGUACACUCACAGACCCAUUGUCCAGAGCUAUCUAUAUUUUGAAGUUAGAAAAUGUGGUUGUGGAUGAAGAAGAAAGGAUUACAGAACCGGAAUUGCUUGCUGAGAUCAUGGAGCUGAGGGAAGCUGUCGAAGAAGCAGAAAGCGCCCAAGCAUUAAAUCAGAUCAAAGCUCAGAUACAGGGAAAAAUGCAAUAUUGGUGUAACUCCUUUGAAGAUGCGCUUCUGAAUAAAAAUUAUGAAGAUGCCAUUGCUUCCAUCCAAAGGAUGACUUACUACAAACGUGCAAAUGAAGAAAUCAUUAAGAAGCUCUAA